AGCGGGGGCGCAUGCCCAGCGCUUGCCGCGCACGCCUUCUCUCCGGUGACCCGGACCUAGGCCGGGACCCAGGAGGAGGGGUCGCAUCUGUUCUUGUUGAUCCCCAUCCCCGCAUGUCCAGACCCGCUCCCCCGUGGGAACUGAAAACUUUAAGGCAGGCAGCCCUGGAGGUCACUGCCCGCCACUGCAGCCGGGAGCUGGACCAGUAUGGCCAGUGUGUGGCGGCCAAGCCUGAGUCCUGGCAACGGGACUGUCACCACCUCAAGAUGAGCAUUGCUCGGUGCACGUCCUCCCACCCCAUCAUCCGUCGGAUCCGCCAGGCCUGUGCAGAGCCGUUCGAGGCCUUCGAGGAGUGUCUCCGACAGAACGAGGCAGCCACCAACAACUGUGUAGAGCAGGUGCGCCGCUUUCUUCAGUGUGCGGAGCAGGUGCCACCACCAGGCCCACCCACUGUGCAGGUUCUGAAGUGUGAUGAGAAAACACCGGGCCCAGGCCCCACUUGAUGGCUGGGCUAGCUCCCUGUGUGAGGUUUGGUGCCUGAGAGUACACUGCUGGUGGAGGCAAGUCCAAACCAGGGACAGCACCUCACGACAGCAUUUGGCCAUGAGGAAUUUUCACUCAAUUUUAUCACAAAGACUUCCUAAUGUCCAUUCCUGUGUCUGUGUUGGUAAGUUGUAUUUUCCUAAGAGUUUUUCCCAUGAUCUGAAUUUUCACAUUUUCAUAAAUUUGUUGAGAAUACCACGAUUGAGAUCUGUAGAAUCUAGAGAAAGCCCCUUCUGCGUUCCUGGUGUUGCUUGCUUGUACCCUCUUCCUUUGUCCUUCCUCAGUUUCAACAGGGCCUUAUCGACUUUAUUACUUAUUGCAGCAUCUGCUCUGGUUUUGUUGGCGCUCUGUGUUGUGGGUGUUUUUAUCUUAGUUCUCUGAUUCGUUACUGUUUUUCUUCAGAUUUCAUUUUGUUUUCUGCCUCUUUGACAUGAACGUUUAGCUCACUGUUUUAGCUUUUUUAAAUAUUUGCACCCACAUGUCCCACAGAGCAUGGCUUGCUAUUUUUCUUUUUUCACUGAUUCCCAGAUUAGAGGGUUGAAAUUGUAUUUCUUAAUUUCUAAACAUGACGAUUUUUUUAGCUAUCUUGUCUAGUUGUAAUUGGUUGGAAACAUGUUUUAUAUGAUUCCAAUCUUUUGAAAUACGGUGAGACUUCAUGGCAUCUGGUCAGUAUUGUUAAUGUGCUCAAAUGAA